AUGAUCAAAACCAUCUUGUGUGCGCUUGCCAUCCUGGCCGCAAUUGCACCAUUGACUACCGCCGAGAAGAUAAAAUGUAACAAUGCCACGGCGUACUGCGGAGCAACACUCAUAAAUCGGGGGGGCUAUCUGACACAGAUUAGCGAGAUACUCAAAAACCACGACGAGGACGCUGGUGGCCUGCUUUUACAACACGGUCUCUUCUGGUGCAAGGAAGAUGGCAAACUUCAUGAUGCUUAUAAGAAAUGCAAACGAAAUAAAUGCCGUGCCAACCAGCGUUAUUACCCGGAGUCGGGCGAUGAGUGUAAGGGAGAAUGGCGCGGAAGUAUACUCCCGGAUAUGAAAUAA